ACGCUUUCUGCGCUAGGUAUGGGGGUAUCUUUCUCAGGAUCCUCCCGCGGUACCCCCAGUCAGUAUGCGGACUGCUGACAGGCUCUCUUACUCGGAGGUAGUCGGCGCUAUGCUGGGUAGCGAUGCUUUACUAUAUCUCGAGGAGGGGGACUAUGCCACUUACCGUCACAUAUAUUUGAUGCCUCCAUUGACGGGAGCUCGCACCUCGAUGACGAGACCUGCUGGUAUGUCAUCCUCGGGCCAGGCUCGGGCUCGGGCUGCAGACACCCCUUCCGCCAGCGGGGCUGGUGCAUCUAGAGGUGGGGGUAGACCGGUUCCUCUGAUUCCGUCGACUUAUCCUCAUCCUGGAUGGCCAGAUAUGCCAACUGAGUUGAUGGCGUGGCAGUAUGGAGUUAUCUCUCCGACCCCGAUCCCGCUAGAGCCUCCGAUGCCUAGUGAUCGAUACGCCAUUGACCCUGACUCACCGCUGCCACCGCGAGGGUACAUGGAGGAAGUGGUUGGACUGGUGGCCACACUCGAGGGCAUGGUCCUGCGUAGGGAGGCACAGUUGUCUGUCGCGGGCAUUCAGAUGCCUUCAUGGUCCGGUCAGCCGCAGGCCGGGCCACCUGGGCCUCCUUGGGGAGCUGGGCCGUCUGGGCCUUUUCAGGGAGUUGGGUCAUCCGGGCCUUUUAAGGGGGUUAGUUCUCGCAGCGUACGGGGGUAUGGCUCCACUGCCGCGCGGGAUUGGUAUGCCGAGCUCCUGGAGGGCGUCCGGGAUUUGGUAGACUUGGCAGGGUUCGGGCCCUUCUGCGUCGGGUUGUCUCGUUGCUCUGCCAGGAGGACUUUGAUGGCAGCCUUG